AUGGAUGAGUUCUUCGACUUCGAGGAUGCUGCUCAGGCGUUCUCUUCCAACCAGUCCACUGACUUGAACUUCGAUAUUGAGGAUUUCGGCCCUGGUCCAUACGAUAUCGAUCUUGCAUUUAGCGAACCUUUGACCGAUGAGAACGCCUUUACAUGUCUUCAACACUACUCAGCCGCGGAACAGUCAAACAACGAUCUCGUAGCCGCUGAGCAUGACAGUUCCAUGCCUGAUACCGCCAUGUCCGGUGGUACCGAUUUACUCGAAUUCCCCAAAUUCAUGGCAGACCCUUGUGGUAACUGUCGCCGCACAGGAAUUCACUGCAAAAUCAUCCGUGAAGGUAUCAGAAAGGGUUCGUGCACAAGCUGUGUGGCACUGGGAAGAACCUGCAGUCUCAACCAACAGCCGGAAGAAAAGAAUGGUCGGGUUUGCAUUAACGCGGGAUUCUGUCCACCUGGGACAAUUCAGGAUGAAAACACUGACAUGAACGACUGGCCUGUAGAUGAUACCCAACACUCUACUUGCCCAACGGUGAAUUGGGUUCCAUCAAAGUCACCAGUCCAGGAAUCGACAAUCCCACAAAGCUCGUCAGCCCCCGACCUGGCUGCGAUGAAUGAUGAGAAUGGGGAUGGAGAUGAGGGUGGACCAAAAACAGGAGCCAGGUUCUCACGAGAAGCAGUCAAAGUGCUUAGAGGUUGGCUUUCGACACAUCAUCGGCAUCCAUAUCCUACCGAUGAUGAAAAAGAGAGUCUGAAGCGACUAACCGGGCUUAACAAAAUCCAAAUCACCAACUGGCUCGCAAACGCUCGACGCAGAGGUAAGGUUCGAGCACCAAGAUCGACGUCACCUGCUGUAGGGAACCAUCCAAACGCCAUGGACAUCCCAAGAAAGGGUCCAAUGGCUACGAAGAACAUGAAUCCCCUGGAAAGAUGGAAAGCUUCCCCACCCGAGCACGAACCAGCCUCUGUUACUGCUAUUGCACAGGCCGUUAGCAGCUCUUCACUUCACUCCGAGCAUAAUAGCCCAUAUGCUAGUUAUGCCCACUCAGAUGACUUCUCCAAUCGAUCAGGUGUAAUAAAUUCAUCAGCGAGUAGUCUGGGUACUUCUCAGUCGAGUGGAAACUCAUUUGCUUCUGCAUUCUCGCACAAGUCCAAGGGCUCUUUUGGAUCAUUCAAUUCCUUUGGGAACAGAGGAAGAAGAAGACGCCGCCGAGCAGCUGCCAAGCCAGUGAAGAAUCUAAAUGCAGCAGGCCCUGUCCGCACUUUCCAGUGUACUUUCUGCACGGAAACUUUCAAAACGAAGCAUGACUGGCAGAGGCAUGAAAAGUCGUUGCAUCUGUCAUUGGAGCGGUGGGUAUGUUGUCCUAAUGGCCCAGCUCAAUUUUGUGCAGAGCUUGAUAUGAAUCAAUGCGUCUUUUGCCUCCUUCCAAAUCCACCCAAGGGACACGGAGAGACGCACAAUUAUUCAAGCUGCACGGAUCGAUCCUUGGAAGAAAGAACCUUCUACCGAAAGGAUCACCUGCGCCAGCAUUUGAAUCUCGUACACGAUGUUAAGUUCCAAGCCGGCACCAUGGAAUCUUGGAAAGUUGCCACACCUGAAAUUCGAUCACGAUGCGGUUUCUGUGGGACCGUGAUGGAUUCUUGGAGUAUUAGAGUUGAUCAUUUGGCCGAGCAUUUCAAAGGCGGUAAAUCUAUGGCCGACUGGAAGGGUGACUGGGGUUUCGAUACCCAAGUUUUGGAUAUCGUUGAGAAUGGAAUGCCGCCAUAUCUUAUUCAUGACGAGAGAAAUUCCCCACAGCCUUUCAGUUCGCAGCUAUUCUCAGCUGAUCAACGGACUCUGGAGGAUUUGGUGAAAAUUGGUCUUCAAGAAUAUGUGCAUGAAAGAUUUAUUGGGGGGUUAUUACCAACCGACGAUGACUUGGUAGAAGAGGCUCGUAGGAUCAUCCGCAAAGCAGAUGAAUUUACCAUCACUUCCGGAAGUUUAGAGUCAUCCUGGUUUCGAGAUUUGAUUUUGGGCCCAGAAGGUCGCGACUACAAUGAUCUUCAUUUAGAGAACACGGGCGAAGAGAAUCUUUUAUGGAUAGAGAAGCCGGACACGAACACAGUAGCGCAACCUAUUGGAGACGGAGAUCUCGCCACCAUUACCUGCCCUCUAGAACGACUAUUGAUGAAAUGGAUUGUAUCGCAGCAAAUGCUGGGUCUAACACCAUUGGACUCUGAGCUUCAAGUCCAGGCGUGUCGGGUAUUGAAUGAAGUGGAGACCACUUCAAACUUCAAGUGCAAGCCUGCAUUGAAAUGGUUCAAAUGGCUGAUCACAGCAGAUACCAAGUGGCUAUCUGGGCUUCGGCGACGUGCUUGCCUGCCUCGAAGCUCUGAGAUUUCUCACGAGAGUAUCCGAACCAUCGACGAAAACGCUAUCGAUUUUACUAUCAACAAUCUGCAACGUCUAGAGAAUGAAAUGAUAAACUGGGUCAAAUUACAAAAGGCCCAAGAUAUCAUUCCGACAGACGAUGACGUUCAAAGACAUGCACGCAUGCUCGUAUACAAGUCUGACGACCCUUGGAACCAGACAGCGUUCGAUGAGCCCGGGAUGCUCUACCUUUUCAAGCAGCAGCAGGGAAUUGCUCCAACAGACCAACUCGGACCGACGAUGCCUUCACUCCGUGAACCAGAAGUGCCUCCGACCUUUGCUACGUCGCCCCAUCCAUCCAAAAGUCUACAUUGGGAUUUGCAAGAUUCGGGUCCUGGGAUUACAUCUCCUUUGCACAACAGAAGUGGCUCUAAUAGUCCGGGAUUUAAUUCUUUGAAAUCAUUGAAUCAUUCGCCCAAUAAUACUCCGAUUGUGUCACAGCCAACAGCGAAUUCGAAUCAUGUUCAACCAUUGAAGUAUUUUUUGAAUGAUGCAAAUUGUUACGGUCGGCUCGUCCGAGAAUUAUCUCGCUUCGUGACGUCGAGCACUUCCAUAAACAACCCGAACCGCCAUGCACCAACAGACGCCGAAAUCCAACACCAAGCGCGGUGGAUAGUGUACGAUGAUGACGAUCCUUGGAACCAAACAGCUGCAGACAAUGCCGAAUGGCUCAUGCGAUUCAAACGCGAUGUUGGUCUAUGCGAACCUUCUACUGGUCCUGGUCUUCCGGUUAAUGAAAAAUCAUGGCAGUUGUGUCAAGGAGGCUCAGGAUUCGGCCCACCUUAUGUCGCCCCUAAAGAGAACGCAGAACUGCAGUUUGAUGGCGAGGUCCCAGUCAGCAUGUAUGGCAAGGUAUAUAAUGUCAGUGCUAGCACAGCUACAAAAUUUGCAAAGGGACUAGCAGGACGAUGGAAGCCUCCUGGAGUGGUGUUUUGUUCACGGGAAUUGGAAGAGGGACUCAACAAAUUUAUGGUCCAACAAAUAAGUUCCGGAAUAACACCCAGCGACGAGAGCAUUCAACAAAAGGCGCGUGAGAUACUUGGCCAAGAAGAAACCGCCGCGGAUGACAUGGCUUUACUUGAGAAGUUCAAAGGCCUUCAUGGACUGUUCACCAGCCCAACAAUGCCGGAAUUCUCAAGCGAGCUUCUGAACUUUCCUUCGCUAAAUGAAGAUGACUUUCUUCAAAUAUUCGAUGAGGAACUCGCCGCUAACGGUCUGGAUAAUUGGAAUUCGCCUCCCACGAAUGCCCCAUCCAGGUCCAGGAAUAUGAUGACUUCGCCAAUGUAUCAUUCUCCACUCGCAACUAUUCCGCUCGCAAAUUUCUCCGCUCAGGGUAUUUCUGGCGUCGGGCAGUCUGACAACAAGAAGGCGCCUGUUGGCAUGGCAAGGGAUUAUGCUGAGAUGUAUCGAGUAAAUGCUGCAACUGCGUCUCCGUUAAGAAGGAAAGUCAGUGUUAUGGCGGCGAGGGAACGGUGUCCUGAGGGUUGGGAUGACGAGGUUGGUGGGGAUUGCCAGUGA